ACCAUCGUUCUUUUCAGAUGUUAAUGAAAGAACCCAAGUUCCUGUCAAGAGCACCAUUGUGACUGGGGUUGGUUCAGCUGUUCUUGCUUUUUUUAUGGAUGUUUCCCAGCUAGCUGGAAUGGUUAGUGUUGGAACACUACUUGCCUUCACCAUGGUUGCAAUUUCAAUUUUGAUACUUAGAUAUGUUCCACCAAAUGAGAUGCCACUUCCAUCAUCUUUCCAAGAAUCAAUUGAGUCAUUAUCUUUUCAUGAGGAGUUUCCAAAAGGUCCUGUUGGAAUAAGUGAUAAGAGAAACAAACAAAGUGGGCAAGAUGAUGGAACCUCAAAAGAUUUUCCUCUUAUCAUUAAGAACACUGAUGAAGGUAAUUACU